GUGAUGGUCCACGGUCCUGCUUCAGUGACCCUCUGUGGAACUGUCAGAUGCUCAGGGCAUAGUAAAGCAGCCAUACGAACUGAAACAGGAACAGGCAAUAUGGCGAGUGCAAACGCUUCCGGCCAAGACAAUAAUGUCAUGUCCGACAUUGACAAGCUUGUGACUGAUGUCGCCAAAGACCUCAAUGCCUCCUUUCAUGUCACCCAAAGGAAAGAGCACACAUGAAAUGCAAAAUCAAGAGCCAAUUCACCAUCUUGGAAUAUCUUCAGGGUAACCAAACGAGAAACAGCAAAAUUCAGUUGUGGAUCGAGAGUCACACUCUCAAGACGAAGGUCAGAAUUUCUGAAAACCAGGAGAAGCACAAUGCUGACAAGCUGUGUGCCAACUGGAAGAUCAUUGAUGACCUGAGGAUGCAGCUUCGCCAAAGUCAGAGAAAGGAGAAAGAAAAUGCAGCGGCCGCAGAAAGGGCCAUUCGGGAGCUCAGUCGCCAGCUGAGGGAGCAACUUUGGCAGGUUCAGAUGAUGAAGGAGCAGCUUCUCAUCAUCCCUUCCGUCCGGCCCCAGGAUGAGCACAUGGUCGCGACAGAAAUGGACGAGAAGCUCCAAGCGGUGAAAGCAGCUUUACUCAGGAUCCAAGACGCACACAGGGUCAAAAAGAGUGUCCCUUGCAGCAGAGAGAGUGACUCGAACCGCACACAAAGCCUGUCAGAAUUAGACAGACACCAGAGUUCUGAGACACCUGUUUCAGAGAUCAUCCCCGGUGGGCUCCAGUUCAGCAACAAGGGAGGAGCAAGAAGAAUUGGUCCAUGCGGCUGUUUCCUUGUUAUUGCCAAGAGUAUUGCCAUUACUCUGGGCUUGUAA